GACUCGUUGGUCUCGAAGGCCGGUAUCAUCGCUGCCUCGAAGGCGGGAGAGAUGCGCUUCACUGACACCCGAAAGGACGAACAGGAGAGAUGUAUUACCAUUAAGUCGACCGCCAUUUCCAUGUACUUCGAGAUGCAUGCGUCGGACAUGUUGUUCAUCAAAGAGGCCGAUCAGAAGGAGAAGACCGAGGAGAAGGGCUUCCUAAUCAACCUGAUCGACAGUCCCGGUCACGUGGACUUCAGCUCUGAGGUGACGGCUGCUCUGCGGGUGACGGACGGAGCACUGGUUGUCGUGGACUGUGUUUCCGGUGUGUGCGUACAGACGGAGACUGUGUUACGUCAGGCGAUCGCUGAGCGCAUAAAGCCUGUGCUCUUCAUGAAUAAGAUGGACUUAGCUAUCAUUACUCUACAACUGGAACCGGAGGACACGUACCAGAAGUUCGCGCGUAUAGUCGAGACUGUGAACGUGAUUAUCGCCACUUAUGCCGACGAGUCGGGACCCAUGGGUGACAUCAAAGUGGAUCCGUCGAAGGGAAGUGUGGGUUUCGGGUCGGGUCUGCACGGAUGGGCCUUCACUCUGAAGCAGUUCUCUGAGAUGUACGCCGAGAAGUUCAAGAUCGACGUCGAAAAGCUGAUGAACAGACUGUGGGGCGAGAACUUCUACAACCCGACCACCAGGAAGUGGUCCAAGAAGUUCGACGAGGGAUACAAACGAUCGUUCUGUAUGUUUGUGUUGGAGCCCAUCUUCAAGGUGUUCGACGCCAUCAUGAACUUCAAGAAGGAGGAGAUCCCGAAACUGCUCGAGAAGUUGAAUAUCGUGUUGAAGGGCGACGACAAGGAGAAGGAGGGCAAAGACCUGAUGAAGGUUGUGAUGCGGACGUGGCUUCCGGCUGGAGAGUCACUGUUGCAGAUGAUAGCCAUUCACUUGCCGUCUCCCAUCACGGCUCAGAAGUACCGAAUGGAAAGUCUAUACGAAGGCCCUCAUGACGAUGAGGCAGCUGUGGCCAUCAAGACCUGCAACCCCGACGGCCCCCUAAUGAUGUACAUCUCGAAGAUGGUGCCGACUUCAGACAAGGGCCGCUUCUAUGCGUUCGGACGGGUCUUCUCGGGUAUCGUGUCUUCGGGACAGAAGUGCCGUAUAAUGGGUCCAAACUAUGUGCCCGGAAAGAAGGAGGAUUUGGUUGAGAAGGCUAUCCAACGAACUGUGCUUAUGAUGGGUCGUAAUGUGGAGUCCAUUGAGAACGUCCCGUGCGGUAACAUCUGUGGUCUCGUAGGUGUGGAUCAGUUCUUAGUGAAGACCGGAACCAUCUCUACCUUCAAAGACGCGCAUAACAUGAAAGUAAUGAAGUUCUCAGUGAGUCCUGUGGUGCGCGUAGCCGUUGAGCCCAAAAAUCCGGCCGAUUUGCCAAAACUGGUCGAAGGAUUGAAACGACUCGCGAAGUCUGAUCCUAUGGUUCAGUGUAUUAUUGAGGAGUCGGGCGAACACAUCGUUGCCGGCGCCGGAGAACUGCAUUUGGAGAUCUGUCUGAAGGACUUGGAGGAAGAUCACGCGCAGAUCCCCAUCAAGACAUCGGAUCCAGUGGUCACUUAUCGAGAGACUGUGACUGAAGAGUCGAACAUAAUGUGUCUCUCGAAGUCUCCUAACAAACACAACCGGCUGUAUAUGAAGGCCGCUCCGUUGCCCGAUGGCUUGGCUGAAGACAUCGAUGACGGACACGUCAACCCCAAGGAUGAGUUCAAAGCGAGGGCUCGAUUCCUGUCCGAUAAGUACGAGUGGGACGCGACUGAAGCCCGAAAAAUCUGGGCCUUUGGACCCGAGGGCACCGGACCUAACCUUUUGGUUGAUGUGACAAAAGGCGUUCAAUAUCUGAAUGAAAUUAAGGACAGCGUUGUGGCGGGCUUUCAAUGGGCCACCAAAGAGAGUGUGUUGUGUGAGGAGAACAUGCGAGGCGUGCGGUUCAACAUCCAUGACGUGACACUACACGCCGAUGCCAUCCAUCGCGGCGGCGGACAAAUCAUCCCAACCGCCAGAAGAUGUUUCUAUGCAUCCAUUCUGACGGCUCAGCCACGACUUCUGGAGCCCGUCUACAACGUUGAGAUCCAGUGCCCGGAAAAUGCUGUCGGAGGCAUAUAUGGCGUAUUGAAUCGUAGGAGAGGUCAUGUGGUGGAGGAGAACCAAGUGAUGGGAACUCCGAUGUUUGUAGUGAAGGCCUUCCUUCCCGUCAACGAGUCGUUUGGAUUUACGGCUGAUUUGCGAUCGAAUACCGGCGGACAGGCGUUCCCUCAAUGCGUGUUCGAUCACUGGCAGGUCCUCCCCGGAGACCCCCAGGACGGCAAGUCCCGCCCCUGGGUUAUAGUGAUGGAGACCAGG